CGUUACGGCGUCAUGAUAUCACAUUACCAUCAACACAAAGAGCAAACCACACAGAUUCUGGAGAAAAAAUGGCGCUACAUGCAGAGAUUUAGACACAGCAGUGGUGUUCGUUAGUGCGAAGGAGAAAAUUUGCAGUAGGUUAUGGAAGUUGAUGAUUGAUGAACGAGAUGUCGACCUCAGACUUCGAACGAAAACCGAUUGAGGUCAUUAAAGCCAUCAACGGCCUCGAAAAGGUUGUGCUCCGUGAAAUCUACGGUAGUCGUGUUGAGGUAUAUUUGUAUGGGGCCCAUGUGACAUCUUGGAAAAAUGAGAAUGGAGAAGAGUUGCUGUUUGUCAGUAGUAAGGCGAUCUUCAAGCCUCCAAAGCCUAUACGUGGGGGGAUUCCUAUAUGUUUCCCUCAAUUCUCAAAUCUAGGCCCUCUUGAAGCACAUGGAUUUGCUAGAAACAGAUUAUGGACAUUUGAUGAUGAUCCACCUCCUUUCCCAACUGAUGCCACCAAUAAAGUUUUUACUGAUUUGAUUCUUAGGCCUACUAAAGAGGAUUUGAAAAUAUGGCCCCACAGCUUUGAGUAUCGGUUGAGGAUUGCUUUGGGACCUGGAACAAACUUGAUGUUGACUUCACGUAUCAGAAAUACAAACACUGAUGGAAAGCCAUUCACAUUCACAUUUGCAUAUCAUACAUAUUUUUCUGUUUCUGAUAUAAGUGAAGUUCGUGUGGAAGGAUUGGAAACUUUGGAUUACCUUGACAACUGUCAAAAAAGAGAACGCUUCACAGAACAAGGAGACUCGAUAACAUUUGAAUCAGAAGUUGACAAGAUCUACCUCAGCACACCAACUAAAAUUGCAGUUAUGGAUCAUGAAAAGAAACGAACAUUUGUCAUCCGCAAAGACGGACUUCCAGAUGCUGUGGUGUGGAAUCCAUGGGAUAAAAAGUCAAAGGCUAUAGUUGACUUUGGAGAUGAGGAGUAUAAAUAUAUGCUGUGUGUGGAGGCUGCAGCGGUUGAAAAACCGGUGACAUUAAAACCGGGUGAGGAAUGGAGAGGAAGGCAAGAACUUUCGAUUGUCAGCAAGAAGCUUUGAAUCUUUAAAAAAAAAAAAAAAAGAAUUCAGUGGUUGAAGAAAAAUAUAGGCCUAUGUAUCAUGGAUUAUAUGGCCUAUGUGUUAUGUACAGGUUUUGUAUUGCAUUAUGUGGUUUUAAUGGGAAAAACAGGUAAAGCUUCUAUAUUUAGACCAUGGGUUAUGAUGCAAGUUGGCAUAUAUAUAUGUUAUACAUAUUCAAUUAAAUGUAUAUUGAAUGGGUGGUUAAAUAUUAUACUUUGGACACUUUAUUGAAUUUAAGAUUAUAUAUUGUCCUUGGGGAA